ACUUACAAUAGAGAGGUUUGAAUGUGUAUCUUUGUUAUCGUGAGUCUUAAGAUCCGCGUCUGGAACAAGAAGAACGAAGAUCCGUUGGAGGCUGUCAGAGAAUUCAAUCACAACUGUGGGUGAUUUGUUUGUAUUGUGACAAUUAGGCUAAUAAUGUCGGAGUUGAAGUUUUCUAGUUUUCUUCCCACACAAGCAUCCUCGGUUGGAGUACCGCAAGGCUGCAAGAACAGCUUUCUCCAAGUUUUGUUUUCUCUGCCCUUGAAAGUUUAGGGUGAUAGUCACGAAGGAACAUUUUAACCGAUGGGGAACCGGGUCCUGCACAUCGACAUGUUCUCGUGUCCUUGGUCCUCCCGGGCCGGCGGGGUUAAUAAAGUCUCGUCAGUUUCCCCAAGUUUCUCCGUACUUUCCUACGACCCAAUUCUAACAUGGACCCAUUGUUUUUAGGCCUUGAUUUAUCGACUCAAGGGCUGAAGGCUGUCCUCGUCCAAGAGGACUGUGCUAUCGUCCACGAGUCUGCAGUACACUUUGACCGCGACUUACCUCACUAUGGAACCACAAACGGUGCUAUUCGAGGCUUGGAAGGCGAGGUCACAUCCCCGGUUGAGAUGUGGUUGGAAGCGUACGAUCUUCUUAUGACCCGUAUGAAGGCAGCGGGAGUCGACUUCUCUGCCAUUUCAGCUAUAUCUGGGGACGGACAACAACACGGUUCUGUCUAUUGGUCCCACGAUGCCGAAGCUCUUUUAGCCAACUUGGAUGCAUCAAAGAAUUUGUCUAGCCAGUUAUCUCCGAAGGCUUUCUCAUUACAGAAAGCGCCCAUCUGGCAGGACUCCUCCACCACCCGUGAAUGCCGUGAACUGGAGGAUGCCGUUGGUGGUGCCCAAGCUCUCGCGGACAUUAGUGGAAGUCGUGCAUACGAACGUUUUACUGGCUCGCAAAUAUCUAGGAUCCGUAAAAUUAAUAGGAUGGCAUAUGACGCUACGUCCCGUGUAUCAUUGGUUUCGUCGUUUAUGCCGUCUUUGUUUCUUGGCAAGAUUGCACCCAUUGAAAUAUCGGACGCUAGCGGCAUGAACUUAAUGGAGAUCCUUACAUGUAAGUGGGACGACGGGCUCAUUGAUGCAUGCGGCGGCCCUGAAUUGCGUGCAAAACUUGGACCCGAGCCAGUCGCUGGCGGAACGUCCCUCGGAACAGUAAGCCCAUACUGGGUAGAAAGGUGGGGCUUCAGUCCACACUGCAUUGUAGCUCCAUUUACAGGUGAUAAUCCAGCGACUGUGGUCGCUCUUUCCUUCCCGGGAGAUGCACUGCUCUCCCUGGGAACGUCUACCACGUACCUGCUUUCUAUCCCGCCAUCUUUGACCCCCCCCAGACGGUUCACUACUUCUCACCUUUUGGCACACCCUACGACUGCCCCGGAUGCUCAAAUUGCAAUGCUAUGUUACAAGAAUGGCGCUCUUGCACGAGAACAAGUGCGCGAUCGCUAUGCCGGUGGCCAUUGGUCGAAAUAUAAUGAUCUGGUCGAGGCCGCACUUCCGGGAUGUAAUGGGUACAUGGGUCUAUACUUCCCAUUGCCCGAAAUCAUACCCCCGGGGGUCAAGGGUGAAUUCUUCUACCAGGCAUCAGAUCCCACAACCCCACUUAGGCUAGUCGAAUCCCAAGUCCCUACUGAGCUCCACCCUCGGAUGAUCCUAGAAUCGCAGUUCCUCUCUAUCCGGUCGAGGAUUGCCGUUAUUCUACCGGCCAACUCGCCUCCGCUUUCACGUUUGGUCGUUUCCGGCGGGUCGUCUGGGAACCAGACCAUCCGUCAGCUAGCUGCGGAUCUGUUUGAUAUGAAGGUGUAUAUCAGCGCUACGAAGGAAGCUGCGGCGAUGGGCGGGGCGUUGUUGGCACGGUUUGCUUGGUGGAAAGCGACCGAAGCACCGCGUGGAACAUUCGAAGAGAUGUGCUCUGGAAUUGACGCCGGGGCAUUUGGGAUGAAGUGUGUUGCGAUACCGAAUCCUGCUGCUGCGCUGGCGUACUCGAAACUUGUUAAACCGUACGUUGCUUGUGAGGGUGCUGUGGUGGAUGCUUGUGGAAUGGGAGGUGUUUAAUUUUUUUUUUUUCGUGUUCUCUUUUCUUCUUCCUAGAUCUUUUUGAGGAUACAGUGUGUUUAAAUUAUAAUUUGGAAGUUUCAGG